UAUGCUCUACCCUUGCCCCGGUUUUACAUCAAGCCAAAUGCCUGCAUUCACUCGAUCCAUUUUUAUUAUGUUUUCAACAUCGUCUUUCAUAUCGAAUUUCGACAUAAGCCACGUUGAUAGAGUUUUCACGGUCACACCGACAUUUCCCCUUCAAUAAAUUGCAGAAUCUGUUGACCUUCGGUCAUGACCGAAGAUUCUGUAAAUAUGGGAUUGGAGGGCGAAAUGGCAGUUCCACUUCAUCUUCAGAGGCUAGAGCGAAGUCUGAACAUUCAGCCCUUCCUCAAUCAAGUGAAUCACUUGUUUCAGGAUCAUUUGAGUGAUGACGGUAAAUCUGUGUCGUCAGACUCGUCAGAUGAAUCCAAUAGUUAUCCAAAUAAUGUAUUGAAUCAGAAAGAAGAGGAAAGAAUCAACAACCUGAGGCUCUACAACAUGAAUUGCGUCGGAGAUGAGCGCAGAUGGCUGCAAGAUAUUCUACUGAGUGAUUCCUCAGACAGUUCACAAUCUGGAUCUGAUACAGAAGGACCCAUAACCGAGGACGACUUCCAAGACAUGUUGAAAUUUCACAUUCUUCGUAAGAAGUACCAGGGGCGGUUCUAUCAGAAACCAGAGAACAUUCAGUAUCAGUAUUAUGGAGCUGGUUUGCUCUCAACAAGUGAUAGGUUUCCAGAACACCAGAAACUCAUUGUGGGAAAUAAAAAGAGGAAAGAAAAAAAGUCUGAGAAGAAAACGAUUAAAGUGAAGAAAGAAAAGACAACUCGUCAUUAUAACACGUCCGACAUGUGUCAGGGGCACGAUUAUCCUGCGGAAGAGUGGGACAAGAUGAUGCCAAAGGAGGAGAUGGAUGAAUCCGAAUUGGAGUCGAUGAUGAGGCAUCAACCAAAGGCAAGAGGUAGGAAGAAGCACAACGCUAAAACACCUGAGAUGAUGGCCCUUAAAAGACGUAAAAUUUGGAUAAUGAUGUCGAAGAAAGAACUUGGUAAAGUCCAACGAGCCAAAACGAACAACCACAAAGAGAUGUUGAUUAGUUGUAAAAAGGUAGCCCAACACUGUAUGAAGUACUGGAGACAGAAAGCUAUGCAAUCGCAGAAGAACAUGAAGGAAACAAUCUGGAGAGCUAAAAGAUUAACAAGAGAGAUGCAAUCUUACUGGAAACGCUACGAUAGGGUCGAAAGAGAAACUCGAAGAAGAUUGGAAAAAGAAGCUGAAGAGCAACGCAAAAUGGAUGUUGAAUUGAUUGAGUUCGCUACAGAGUACAUUCAUCGCUCGUUACACGGCCAAACUGCCACCGAUUACUUUUCAUUCUUGCGGUUGAUUGGAGUAUCGCCCAUGGAGCUCAAUCAUAUAUUCAUAUGUGGGAUUUUGUAUGCCCUGUGUCAUGCAACGAUCAUGGAGAAGAAAAUGAGGAUUAAGAGGUAUUGGGAGGACUGGGGCGUUGAUGAACCUGUACCAUCGCUGAUAAUUGUAAAGAAAUGCGAUAAACUCCUUGAUACACAUCCUCAUCUCUUUUUCACGAAGAAGAUAUUCCAGGGUGAAGCGAUUUACACGCAUACGAGUCACACCAUUCACUCAAUUGCCGAGACGAUGGCGCAUAGAAUACUCAGGAGUAGCAAGCACUCAUCCAACUCUACUCUUAAAUUUCCUCGCUCUCACGGGGUCAUCAAGCCAGCACUCGGUGACGAGCCAAAAUUAAUUCUCUUACCAGAACACAGACAUCACCCAAAACCUCCAAUCAUCAGGACGAAUCAAUUGACAUCAGUACCCGCUUUCCUUUGUGAUAAUAAUCCAAAGGUUCAGGCAUGUCCCAGAAAAUUGUAUGUUAGUAAUUCUUCUGCUGCUUGUGCCUGGAGACAACAUGAAGAGUGUGGUGGGGCCUUUGGACAGAGGGUUCUCAGGAUUGGGUGUGAGCCAGCGCUUAUUUCGUCGUCUGAAAUUGAACCACUGAUUGGGGUACCAGAUCUCAAAACUGCUACGAUGUUUUCAUAUGAACCUCCAGGUGGACUAGCAGCGUGUGCUCCGAUCAAUGGAUGGUCUAAUAUAAUUAUUCCAGAUAAACAAACUCUGGUGACAGACGCUGGCAAGUUGUCAGUUCUGGACAGUUUAUUAAAACGUCUUAAAGAGCAAGGCCAUCGAGUAUUGAUCUACUCCCAGAUGACAAAAAUGAUCGACUUACUGGAGGAGUACAUGUACCAUCGAAAGCACACAUUCAUGCGUUUGGAUGGCUCAUCGAAGAUUGCUGAUCGUCGCGAUAUGGUAGCAGACUUCCAGAAAAGGGCGGACAUAUUUGUCUUUCUGCUGAGCACCAGAGCCGGUGGCUUGGGAAUCAACCUGACAGCCGCAGAUACAGUGAUUUUUUACGACAGUGAUUGGAAUCCAACAGUAGAUCAGCAGGCAAUGGACAGAGCCCACAGAUUGGGCCAGACGAAGCAAGUGACCGUUUACAGGCUGAUUUGCAAAGGGACAAUCGAGGAGCGAAUUCUGCAAAGGGCACGUGAAAAAAGUGAGAUUCAACGUAUGGUAAUAAGCGGUGGUAAUUUCAAGCCAGACACAUUGAAGCCAAAGGAAGUAGUCUCACUCCUGCUGGAUGACGAGGAGAUCGAGGCGAAAUACAGUCAACGGAGCGAGGAAAGAAAGCAGCACAUUACUCUAGAGGAUACUCGAAUGGACUCGAGUAUACAAUACAAGGAAAAAGAACGGAAAAGGAAGCUAACCGCGGUUCCGGUCAAGGUUGAUAUCAAACGUCCAUGCCUCGAGGACAAUGCCGUGGAAAAGUUGAAUGAAGUUUCACCUAUAAUUUCUACCGGUGAACAGACAAGUCCUACUCAGCAAAACAAUGAUCAACAGACGGUGGAGAGUAAUGAGGAUUAUGGAGUUCCUGUCAGUCCCAUUAAAUCUGAGGAUGAAACGAGUAAUGAAGGCCUCGUAGUAGAUGUUGAUGGGCCAAUUCAUGGUGCAAAUUCUCCACGCCAUGUACGCGGCAUUUCCUUCAAUGAACCUCCAAAAGUCUCAAAACUCGGUCAUCACUUCAAUUUUGGAAAUGUUCCAAGAGUACGUACGGCAAUUCGAGGUACAAGUAAACGUGGAAGACCUCGGGGUUCUCGACGUGGUGGUCCAGUUGGUGGCAAAGGCAGGGGAAUGCUGCUGCAACAUCCACUCGGCUCGUUACCAAAUUCACCUGGUUCAUCGCAAUUUCUCGCCUCCUCGUCGACUAGCGAUCGGAUAUCUCAUCACGGUGCGUACAGUAAUGUUGGAUCGGCAGAAGGCGAUGGUCCAAGUACGGUUGGACCUCUGGGUAAUCAAUUGACUUCUGGGAGAGGUUUGCCUGUAGUGAGGAGAGGACCAGGGAGACCAAGAUUGAGACCUGCUGGUCCUGGUAAUCAGGGAUAUCGAAGUCAGCAUUACGGUAAAAGAAUACAGCGACCACUUCCAGUGCCACUGAGAUCCCAUCAAUUGGUUAGCUCAGUACAAAGUAAUCCAACUAAUCCAACAGCCAAUCAAAUUCAAGGUGUUAUCACAGAGCAGUCAGGCCCCUCGGCAAGUUUCACUUCCGAAUCCAGGCCUUUUGGAUUUUAUACCCAGCAAGCCAAGAACCAGAUGCAAUAAUCCAUGUGGAAUCAUUCGAUGAUUAUUCCAUUGAGUGGAAUAUACUGUAAUUUGUAAAUAAUUUUAAAAUACUUGAUACUGAUAUCGAACGUCACGCGAGGCUCUGUAGAUUUUGAGAUUUCGAGAGAUUCGUAUGACUCUAUUUAGGCAUCAGCGGUGAAUUUAUGAAUGUCAAUAUAAUUAUAAGUGUCUCCGGUUGUAUUGAAUUUUGAAUAAAUCUAAAAUAUUUAUUAGGAAAUUAA